CUUAAAUUAAGAAAAUGGGAGGGAUGGAUGAAGUGGCAGAUCAGAGGGAGUGACAGAAAAAGUAAGAGGGAGGGAGAAGAGGAGAAUAGAGAGACAGCAGGACCAAACUCACAUCCUUCUUUUCCUCCAGUGCUCGCUCCCUUCUUUCUCCUUGCAACUCCAGGCUGAGAUCAACAGGAUGUUGUGCCUCGGCUCCCUGUCCACACUCCUCCUCCUGCUUCUUCUCUACCCCCCUCCGGUGUCUGCCCAGGAAGUGCUUAUACGUCUGGCAGGCGUAGGCCGUCGCAAUGCCAACGAAGGACGUGUAGAGGUUUUCUACAAUGGCGCAUGGGGCACAGUGUGUGAUGAUGAGGUGGAUCUUAAUAUGGCCAAUGUGGUGUGCCGUCAGCUGGGCUUCCAACGCGGCUUGACCUGGGCACACAGUGCCAAGUUUGGCGAGGGUCAAGGUUUGAUCUGGUUGGACAAUGUGCGCUGUACGGGCACAGAGCUCUCCAUUGCUAACUGUCGCUCUAAUGGUUGGGGAAUCAAUGACUGCACCCACGCUGAGGACCUGGGGGUCAUUUGCAGCCCAGAAAGAAGAAGUGGCUCCCCCACUGUCACCGUAGAGGAGGCUCCUUCAUCCUCCAGGCACCAGCCGGGACAGAGAAACCCACCACCACCACCACAGUCUGUGCCACCCCCAGCCCACAUCUCCUCAUCUUCUGCAAGAGGCCAUGAGAUCGCCCUCCAUCGUAACCCAGCUUCUUCCCGUCGCAGCAUCAUCUCCCCGCAAGAAAAUGGCCAUGAGAUCCAGAUCUUGCGACGGAAUCGAGGCGGUUCAAGAUCAAGCCCGCAGGUCAGCCCAGCUCUGCCACAAGGGCACCAGCUACUUUCCCGUCUGGCAAACAGCGCAGCCUACAGGCAGAGACAAGACACAGCGAGGAGCAGUCCACAAACUGUGAGACGAGAGAGAGAGGGACAACCAAACAGGCAGUCCCAACCCCAGUCUGAGCGUAGGAGUGACAGGCAUCAGCAGCUCAGUGGGAACCAUGUUGAACCAGAGUCUGAUGUGGAACUGGAGACUGAUGUGCACUACACACAGGGGUCUGAUAGGGUUCACUUAGAGGAGGCUCGACUACGGCCUGUGCUGUCCAGCAACCAUGGCGGUCUGGUGACGGAGGGAGUGCUGGAAGUGAAGCAUGCUGGGAGGUGGCGUCAUGUGUGUAACCAAGGCUGGGACCUCAGCAGCAGCCGUGUUGUCUGUGGCAUGUUAGGAUUCCCUGCUGCAGAAGUGUUUGACCAAAACGCCUACAGAAAACUGUGGGACUCCAAGUUAGCUGAUCCAUCCUCCAGGCUGAGGACGCAGAUCAGUAAGAAGGCCUACUGGGUGGAGAAGGUGCAGUGUCAGGGCAGGGAGGUCUCUCUAUCACAGUGCCAGGCCCAGCUGUCCCUCCCGAGGAGUGAUGUCCCGUGCCACGGUGGCAUGCACGCUGUGGUCCGCUGUGUCCCUGGGUCCCAGUUCACACGUUAUGGCAGAGCACCUGCACCGCCUGUAGUGACGCCGAUCGUGCGUCUCAAGGCAGGGCCCAGGCUCGGCGAGGGCCGUGUUGAGGUGCUGAGGGAGGGGAAGUGGGGCACCGUGUGUGACCACCUGUGGGACAUGGUGGCAGCCAGCGUGGUCUGCAGAGAGCUGGGCUUUGGGACGGCCAAAGAUGCGCUCACCAAAGCUCACCUGGGACAGGGUACCGGCCCCAUCCACAUGAACAGCGUGCAGUGUACAGGCAGGGAGAAGUCGAUUACAGAGUGUACCUACAGACCGGUGCCGCUUUACAGCUGUAAACACAACCAGGAUGUAGCGGUCCGCUGCAACGUUCCUAACACUGGCAUGCAGGCCACGGUGCGUCUGGCAGGAGGCAGAGAACCAUCAGAGGGCCGUGUGGAGGUGCUGAUGGAGGUCAGAGGGGUGAGGCGUUGGGGCUCCAUCUGCAGUGAGAACUGGGGCAUCAACGAAGCCAUGGUGGUCUGUCGACAGCUGGGUUUGGGUUUUGCUUCAAGUGCUCAUCAGGAGACCUGGUACUGGCCUGGUUCUUCAGAUGCUGGUGAGGUGGUUUUGAGUGGAACGCACUGCAUCGGCACUGAGAUGUCUAUCCAGCAGUGUCGCAGAAACACAAAUGUGUACUGUCCCAGGGGAGGAGAUGGCAGAGCUGCAGGAGUCACAUGUGCAGAAACCGCUCCUGACCUUGUCCUGGAUGCUCAGCUCGUCCAGGAGACGGCCUACCUGGAGGACCGACCGCUCCACCUGCUGACCUGCGCCAAUGAGGAGAACUGCCUGUCUUCCUCUGCCGCCAGGAUGAACUGGCCCUACGGACACCGCCGCCUGCUGCGCUUCUCCUCCCGUAUCAUGAACAUGGGCCGCGCCGACUUCCGACCCCGAGCCACCAGAGAAAGUUGGACAUGGCACCAGUGUCAUAGGCACUACCACAGCAUUGAAGUGUUCACCCACUAUGACCUGCUGACGCUCAAUGGGACCAAGGUGGCGGAGGGUCACAAGGCCAGCUUCUGUCUAGAGGACACCUACUGCCCUGAAGGUAUCCAUAAGCGGUAUGCUUGCUAUAACAUGGGACAGCAGGGUAUUUCAGUCGGCUGCUGGGACACCUACCGCCACGAUAUUGACUGCCAGUGGAUCGACAUUACAGACAUACGACCUGGCGAAUACAUCUUCCAGGUGGAGGUCAACCCUUCCUUAGACAUGGCCGAGUCGGAUUUCCAAAACAACGUGAUGCGCUGUCGGUGCAAGUAUGAUGGAGAACGAGUUUACAUGUUUGGAUGCCAUGCAGGUGAUGCUUACAGCGCUGAGGUGGAGGACUUGUUUGACCACCAACGUCAGAUCUCCAACAACUUCCUGUGAAUUAAUGAACACGCAGAUUUAAGGACAGAACAACUGUACAACUUCUAACCACACCUCAACAUGUCAGGGAAAAGAGGUUGAAUGACAAUGAAGGGAGGGACUUCAUGCAAAAUAACUAAUUAGGAUCCCGUAACCUGACAGAAAAAGAAUAAAGUGAACCAUUACAAGCAUCAUGUCACCAUGAUAAAACUAGAGUAGCUCACAAUUUUAAAAGUGUGUCCUGACUUUUGUAACAAAUGUAAUUCCCUUGAUCAAAACUUAACCACAGUUAAGAAAGUAAUGACAUGAAGGCACAAUGAGAACAACGCAUCCUUUACUUUUACAGUACACCACCAGGCUGUCGUUCAUAUAAAAUCAACCCAGUUGACAGACUGUCUACAAAACUCUGUACAUGCUUCCUGUGCUUUCACUGUUGACAUUACUAAUGCAGUAUUUACUGUUACAACUGUGUGGUUUUUGGUUUGAAUGAGAAUUGUUUUUUAUUUCAUGGUGCUAUUUUGCCUUUUGAAUAAAUAUUGUAAUGUAUUGCAAAUGUAUUGUCAUGUACAGUUUUAUAUUACCUCUCUGGAAUAUUGUUCUUUAGAUCUAAUAAUUUAUGCAGAAAUUUAAUGUACUUUUGAGUUGAAUCUUGUCCUUAUGUGGCUGUGUUAUGUAUUGUUUAUUUUAUGAUGACAAAUAUUUUCACUUGUUUGUUUUUCAUCUGUUCAGCAUCGGAACCCUUAGAUGAGAUGUGGUUGUACCACGUUAUUGCGCCUUUAACAGGACUUGGUAAUGGUAGUUAAAGAAUAAACGUCAAAUUGACAAACUAUGGUUA